GGGUAGAAGUCUGAGUGGUGAGGAGUGGAACUAUUGUCCAGUUGUACACCUGACACCAUGGUUGAUACCCGUAGUGGGAAGAGUACUACCCCUUACACCCACGCUCAAGAGGAGCAAGCCGCCGCCAUUUUAAGAGAGAGAAAAGAGAAAAGGGAGAAAAAGGAGCUCCUUCAGCAAGCGAAGUUAAAGAUAAUAGCGGAGGAGCAGGCGGCGAAGAAGAAAAAGUUGGAGGAGGAGAUAAGGAGAGUACAACAGGAGGAGGAAGAUAAGAUGAGGGCUGCAGUAAAAGAGGAAGAGAUAGAGGAGGAGCAGCUAGAAGAAGAAGAACAUGCCCUCGAAAGGAGGCGUAUGGGAGAAAGAGGAGCGAGCAGUGGCACGAAGCAGGAUGACAUGUGGGUGGAGAAGAAGAUAUCAAAAUGGGUGGCUCAGGAGGUGAUGUUGUAUGUGCCUCAGGAGGAGAAGGAAGCAGCACCAAGGGAGAUCGAAGCAGUGAGUGAUCCCCUGGAAUGCCAGACGAUAGAAAAUGAGAAAAAGUUGGAGUGGAAAUUACACCUGGCGAGAGAGAAGAAGAAGAGGAUGGAGGAGGCUAACCGGAUGGCCAGGGAAGUGGAAAGCUUGCAUUCAUGUAGGCAAGAGGUAGAGGCCCAGCCUGACAUACAGGCUAAGUUGGACAAGAUCCUUGGGAGCAUUGAGCUCCUAGGCCGUGCCUGGAUUGAACAUCAUCAGUCUGUUAGGGGCCAAGACAUGGCCCUCCAUUCCAUUCGGACCGGGUUUCGAGAGUUUGCGCGCGACGUAGCGACUCACGUUGGGACCGAAGUGAGGAGACUGAAGGAAGGCGCAAAGAAAUUUUGUGCAGGCGUCAUUGAGGGCGCCAAAGUAGUAGCCGCGUCAGAGAGUGAGGGUCGUACCUGUAAAGAGCCUGUUAAGCUCAAAUUCCCUGACUCUUAUGGCGGGAAAAAGGAGGAGAAUUUUGAUAAUUGGGAGGCUAGCGUCAACAACUAUGUAUAUUUACAACAUAUUUUACCUGAGGAACAAAUCCUCGUAGCCUUCCAUGCCUUGAAGGAUGAAGCGGCUAGUUUUGCCAGGUCCCUCGCGCGAGUAGCCAGUUGUGAGAACAACAUGGUUGCAUAUUCCAAAAUUACCCCCCUUCCUCGUUUCUUCAAACUCCUAAGAGUGAGGUUCGCUGACGCCACGAGAGGCGUCAGGGCCUCUGAUAAGCUGCAAACGAUCCACUCUAGGCAGUGGAAGAGUGCAAGAGCACUCAAGCCAGUGAUGGAUGGCCUAGUAGCCGUCCCAGACCACGGGGUCACUGAGACCCAGUUAGUUAACUUAUUUUAUCGUGCCAUGUCAGAGCCCCUGCGAUGGCAUUUCCUUGAAAAGACCGAACAGGCCCACAUUACGUAUGAUGCGUUAAGUAGAGAAGUGGUUCUGUUUGAGGCAAAAUCCAUGCCAGUUUCCACUUUCUGGCACAAGGAUUUGGAUAAAGGAAAAAAGUGAAAAGGACGUACCCUCUCGGGUCAGGUUAGGGCCAAGGAUCAUCUGAUCCUUACUUUAGAUGAGGGUGGUACAGAUGAAGUCCCAUAGAGUCA